GUAUCCGCUGCCGGCAGGUCAAUUAGGGCCGGACCGCCCUCUCGCCCUCCCUUCCCCCUCCCCCCACCGCCGUUGCCGGGUGUGUGUGUAUGUGUGUGUGUGUGUGUGUGUGUGUAACAAACUCCCGCUGAUUACAGUAAUUUUCUGGGCGAUGUUGCAAUGGGGCAGAGUGUGCGGGGCGGCCCGUGCUGAACUUUAUAACGCUCCCGCAUGUAAAUCGCCCUCGAUACUGCGCUCAUAAACGGGGCAGCCGGGACGGCAGCUGGACUCUCCUCACUCACCGCCUCCCUCCAGCCUCCGGGCCGGCCAGGAAGGGGAGUUAUUCGGGAUUAUAGCAACGGCCGGGAGCCCAGUCACUGCUUCAGCGCACGGUUCAGUGCUGCCGCGUUUGGGAUCUUAGCAGGGAGCGCGAUGAGAGGAAAAGAGGAGAAAUCUUCGCUGAAAGCCGGAAUCAAGGCAGCGCACUGAAGGGACAUUUGUUUAUGGUCAUUAUUGAAAACCGGGCAGGAAAUCUUGUUCUCCUGAGUCACUGAGGCUCCCUCGAGGCAACGUCAGCGGCCCUUAUCGCGGCUCACCGGGACGGCGGCCCCGCCAGCGGACGCGGCCUGGCCGGGCUGCUGGGGCGCUUUAGGAAGAGGUGCUCGUCCAGACCGCAGCAAGAAAGAACUUUAUAUAACCGCAUCUUGAGGCCGGAAAAAAAGAAGCGGGGAGGGCGAAGGGAGAGAGCCGAGGCCGCAGGAGUUUGCUGUGCCAAAGAGGGGGGGCUGAUGCUUCUCGCUGUGCUUGCUUUUAUGAAGCAGAGAAGAAUGGGGCUGAACGACUUCAUUCAGAAGAUAGCCACCAACUCGUAUGCAUGCAAGCACCCUGAAGUUCAGUCUAUCUUGAAAAUCUCCCCGCCUCAAGAGCCUGAACUUAUGAAUGCUAAUCCUUCUCCACCGCCCAGUCCUUCACAGCAGAUCAAUCUUGGUCCAUCAUCCAACCCUCAUGCCAAACCAUCGGACUUUCAUUUCUUAAAAGUGAUUGGAAAAGGCAGCUUUGGGAAGGUUCUCCUUGCACGGCAUAAGGCAGAAGAACAAUUCUAUGCUGUUAAAGUCCUGCAGAAAAAAGCAAUCCUGAAAAAGAAGGAGGAGAAACACAUCAUGUCAGAGCGCAAUGUCCUGCUGAAGAAUGUGAAACACCCCUUUCUGGUUGGGCUUCACUUUUCCUUCCAAACGGCAGACAAGUUAUAUUUUGUCCUAGACUACAUCAAUGGUGGAGAGUUGUUCUACCAUCUCCAGAGGGAACGUUGCUUCCUGGAACCGAGAGCCCGUUUUUAUGCUGCUGAAAUAGCCAGUGCACUGGGCUACCUGCACUCCCUGAACAUAGUUUAUCGUGACUUGAAGCCAGAGAAUAUCCUGCUUGACUCUCAGGGGCACAUUGUCUUGACUGACUUUGGACUCUGCAAGGAGAAUAUAGAGCACAAUGGCACGACCUCCACCUUCUGUGGCACGCCGGAGUAUCUUGCUCCUGAAGUUCUUCACAAGCAGCCCUAUGACAGGACCGUUGACUGGUGGUGCCUUGGAGCAGUCUUAUAUGAGAUGCUUUAUGGCCUGCCGCCUUUCUACAGCAGGAACACAGCAGAAAUGUAUGAUAACAUCUUGAACAAACCAUUGCAGUUGAAGCCAAAUAUUACUAACUCUGCUAGGCAUCUCCUGGAAGGCCUUUUGCAAAAGGAUAGGACGAAGAGGCUGGGUGCCAAGGAGGACUUUAUGGAGAUUAAGAAUCACAUCUUCUUCUCACCAAUUAACUGGGAUGAUCUUAUUAAUAAGAAGAUUACACCCCCUUUUAACCCAAAUGUGAGUGGCCCCAGUGACCUGCGACACUUCGAUCCUGAGUUUACAGAUGAGCCAGUCCCCAACUCCAUUGGCCAGUCUCCAGACAGCAUCCUCAUUACUGCCAGUGUCAAAGAAGCUGCUGAGGCUUUUUUAGGCUUCUCAUAUGCCCCGCCCAUGGACUCUUUCUUGUGAACACUUUGUGUUUUUCUUUUUUAAAUAAUAAUAACUAUUAUUUUUUAUUUUUAUUUGACCUUCUGGUUGAACUGCCAGUUGGCCAGUCAUCUUGAAACAGAAUUUGCACAUUUCUACCAUGGCAGCUUUGCAGCCUUAAUUUCAACAACACUGUUUGCCGGAAGCUUUUUUGAAGAGGACAUCACUCUCUAAAUGAGCUUCACAGGCUUUUCAUUUCCAUUUGUUCUUCCCCCAAAGUGGUGCUGUCUCCUUGGGAAAGAAAAACAAACAGAAGUGACUGCUGCCAUAGACUGCUAUGGCAGACUGUAGGAAUAAGAACAAGCUGUUUUGAAAUCAUGUUCUGAAAAGCCUUGCCUGAAGAUCUAUCUGAAUGUGAUAAGGAUUUAUGAAAUGUGCCUUUUUCUGAUGAGAUCUUGUUAGCUCCAAAGCUUUCCCCGUUGCAGAGUGUUUCUCAGUUCAUUUAUGUGGGUUUACUAUGUGAACAAAUGGUAUGUGUGUGUGGUUUGCGUACUACAGAUGGACGUAGUUUAAAGCAUCAAUGUGACACUUGCAGGAUACCACAAUGUGGGGCAUUGUUUGUUUCUUCCAUAUUUGGAAGAUAAAUUAAGUGUAAUUUUGAAUUUUUUUUUUGUAAAUCUAUACAGUCAACUAAAAUUAUUGAACUGGGCUCACAAUUACUUGUAUCCAAAUGCUUGAAGAAAGCAUUGCUGCUAUGAAAAAAGACUUCUAUUUUUUAGAAAGGGGUUUUUAUGGACCAAAAUGCCCCAGCUGCAGUUGGUCAAAGCUGUUGGUCUUUCUUCCUUUUUUUUUUUUAAUUAAGUUUAAAAAAUGUCAUCUGUAAAAUGAGUAUUAUUUAUGGUUUUGGGGGUUUUCCAUUCCUGAUUGUAUGUAUUGUAAAAAAUAUAUAUAUGUACAUUCAGUUGUAACUCUAGAUGUAUAUUUAAACUUACAGACUUACUUGUAAUGUAUAUCAUCAUUGUAAUGUAAUAUAAUUAACAUGGUUAUAUGUAUCAUAUUUUUGUGACCAAACCCAUUGGUUUGCAGUAAAAUCUUGAAAAAUA